CUGAAUCUUGGUGGUCUGUCUUAAUUUUCUCUGGUUCUCAUUUCAUUUUUAUUUCAUAAAUCAAAGUUUACAAUAAAAAAAUCCAAAUAAAUUCUCUCGGUUUCGAUUUUGGUUAAAUUUGUUGUUGUAUCAGAACUCAACCAAAUGAGGUUGAAUCAUCAAGUUUGAUAAAACAGUUUCUGAUCCAUUUUGUUAGGGUUGUUUACGAUCCAGUAUAUAGUGAGAAAUCAGAGAAAGAUCUGUUUUUGUUGUUAGGGUUUGAGUGAUAAUAAUGGGGAAGGUAGCAGUGGGAGCUACGGUGAUAUGUGCAGCAACAGUAUGUGCAGUUGCAGCUUUGAUUGUAAGACAUAGAAUGAAAAGUUCAGGUAGAUGGGCAAGAGCUAUGGCAAUAUUAAGAGAAUUUGAAGACAAAUGUGGUACUUCACUUGGAAAAUUGAGACAGGUUGCUGAUGCUAUGACUGUUGAGAUGCAUGCUGGUUUAGCUUCUGAAGGUGGUAGUAAGCUCAAGAUGCUUAUCAGUUUUGUUGAUAAUCUUCCCACUGGUGACGAGCACGGUUUAUUUUAUGCACUGGACCUUGGUGGAACAAACUUCCGUGUAUUGCGUGUACAAUUGGGUGGAAGGGAACGGCGAGUUGUUAAGCAAGAAUUUACCGAGGUGUCAAUCCCUCAGCCUUUAAUGGUUGGGUGUUCCGAUGACCUAUUUGACUUUAUUGCAGCAGAACUAGCAAAAUUUGUUGCUACAGAAGGUGAUGAAUUUCAUCUCGCUCCUGGUAGGCAGAGGGAAUUGGGUUUUACAUUCUCUUUCCCAGUAAAGCAGGCAUCAAUUGCGUCUGGAACUCUUCUUAAUUGGACAAAAGGCUUCUCAAUAGAUGAUGCAGUUGGUCAAGAUGUGGUGGCAGAAUUGACAAAAGCCAUGGAAAGGAAGGGGGUUGAUAUGCGUGUCGCAGCACUUGUGAAUGACACAAUAGGCACAUUAGCUGGGGGUAGAUACUUCAAUAAUGACGUCGUUGCUGCUGUGAUAUUGGGUACUGGAACAAAUGCAGCUUAUGUGGAGCGUGCACAUGCAAUUCCCAAGUGGCAUGGACUUUUACCCAAAUCAGGAGAGAUGGUUAUCAACAUGGAGUGGGGAAACUUCCGGUCGUCACAUCUUCCUCUAACAGAAUAUGAUCAUUCUUUGGAUCUUGAGAGUUUAAAUGUUGGUGACCAGAUUUUUGAAAAGAUAAUUUCCGGGAUGUAUUUGGGAGACAUUGUACGAAGAGUUUUACUGAAAAUGGCUGAGGAAGCUGCUUUCUUUGGUGAUGUUGUUCCAGCCAAACUUAGAGUUCCAUUCAUAUUGAGGACGCCCGAAAUGUCCGCAAUGCAUCAUGAUACAUCCUCCGAUCUCAGAGUGGUAGGAGCAAAAUUGAAGGAUAUUUUAGGGAUUACGAAUACAUCUUUAAAAACAAGAAAAGCUGUAGUUGAACUCUGCAACAUCGUAGCAGCACGUGGUGCACGUCUCUCCGCUGCAGGGAUUUAUGGUAUCUUAAAGAAAUUGGGAAGGGACGUAGUGAAGGAAGGUGAAAAGCAGCAGAAAACUGUGAUAGCAAUGGAUGGAGGUUUGUUUGAACACUACAAGAAAUUCAGCCAGUGUUUAGAGGACUCAUUAAAGGAACUAUUAGGUGAUGAAGCGGCAGAUAACAUUAUUGUUGAGCACGCUAAUGAUGGGUCAGGUAUUGGAGCUGCCCUUCUCGCAGCUUCUCAUUCUCAAUAUCCUGAACUUGAAGAUGCUGUCCAGGAAAGCUAAAGUUGACCAAGUAGGGAAAUUCCCCUUCUUUCACAUUCCAGUAACCUUAUCAUCUUUUUCAGUUUUUGUGUUACGUUCUCAAGUCAUUUAGGCUUUUCCGUUUCUUCUUUCAGAAGUAGUUGGAGUACAAUUACAGUCAAAUUUAUGCUCUUCUCGUAGUGCGGCAUAUGAGAUUAUAUGCUAUAUAUAAAGUGUAUAAUUGCAGAACCUGAAAGUGGCCGUGAUACUCUCACUUCAGCCUGCGCCUUUCUGCUAUUUUCCUCUUUUCAUUUUCCAGCUAUAUUCCAUUAUUAGCAGCGGUGCAACUGUAGAAUGUAUGUUCGAGCUCUCUGAGUUGGUGAAUAAAAUGGAGAAAGCUGGUAUUUUUCAACGAGUUACUGUAUUAUUAUUAAAGGGCAUCUAUACAUGUCCUGCUGCUCUCCA